CAUAUAUAAAAAAGUGAUCACCAAAAUGGCCAAUCAAAUGGAAUUGAUGAUGCAGCUUUAUAUGAUGAACCUGCUGCAACAGCAACAACAACAGCAGCAACAGCAACAGUUUCAACAACAGCAACCACAGCAGUUGUCGGCUUUUGAUUACACACAAAAAGAGGAUAUCAGCAGCAGCACUUGCUUGCAACAGCAGCCACAAUAUGAGCAGACAUACGAGCAGCAAUAUGUGCAGCAACAACAGCAGCCGCAGCAACAAUAUUUGAGAACGCUUAAACGAACAAAUUCGCAAAACACGAACUGUAGUAGUAGCCGUAGUUGUAGUCCCAAUAGUAAUUUGAAUGCUUUAUCCACACAACAACAAUAUGAACAACAAGCUACAACCACACUUAUAACACCAACAACCACACCUAACAACAAUUUCAACACAAACGUUGCCUAUCAGUUGCCGCAAAUGUUGCUUGGCACUCUGUCCCCUCUGGCUCAGUAUGUGCUGCAACAGCAACAACAACAUCAGCUGCAACAGCAACAGCAACAUUUGCUGACAACAGCAGCGGCAACAACAAAUCUUCUACUAACACCUAACACUCCAAGCUCCACACAACAGCAAAUGCUGUUCGAGCCCUUUCCUAGCUCUCCUCUCAAAAGUGUCGUCGAGCCAUUUACCACAAAUAACUUUUUGCAAUCCUCCACAGUGACGUCGACGCCAACUGAAGACGCAGCAGCAGCAGCAACAACAACCGCAGCAACAGUAGCAGCUAGCAGCAAUCUUUCGGCAGUCACAGUCAAAUAUGAGCAGGAUUUCAAUGAUGACGAUGAGGAUGAAAAGCCGCUGUCGAGCUUGAACAGCUGCAGCUCCUCGGUCGGCUUGGUCAGCACCAACGAUCACAGUGCCAGCACCGAGAAGCUGCUGCUGGUGUCCGGCGUACAGCAGCUGGAGAGCACGAGCACCACCGACAGCAACGACUCGCCCAGCAUGUACACGCCGGUCAAGCAGCCAGCGGACUCAUCUUACAAUGUUGUUAACUCCAUCGACAAUGAGCCAACACUUGGCACGCCCCUGGGUCAAAGCAAUUCGCUGCUGACGCCACCGGCUUCGAGUGAUCAGCCGCAGAGCAAGAGCAUUGUCAGCCUGACCACAGCCACCAGUUUGGAUGCCUUUCUGCAGAACGAGGAGAAUCUGAAGCAUUUGCGCAAGGUCUCCUCGUAUCUGGAGUGCGAGAAUGUGCUGUGUCGUCAGGAGACAUUGCGCGAACACUUUCAUUGCUACGAUGAGCCGUGUCAGGGCAAGAUCUUGAGCAAGAAGGAUGACAUCAUCCGGCAUCUGAAGUGGCACAAGAAGCGCAAAGAGAGUCUCAAACUGGGCUUUGCACGCUUCUCCUCCGGUGAUGAUUGUUCAGCCUCCUAUGGCGAAGGUUGUGCCUACAACUGGAAGCAAACGCACUAUCACUGUGUCUACGAGCACUGUCCCAAGGUCUAUGUGAGCACCAGUGAUGUGCAGAUGCAUGCGAAUUUCCAUCGCAAGGAUUCGGAGAUUGUCAAUGAGGGUUUCCGUCGGUUUCGCGCUCAUGAGAAUUGCCGCAUCGAGGAUUGUCCGUUCUUUGGCAAAAAGAUAUCGCAUUAUCAUUGCUGUCGCGAGGGCUGCAAUCACACCUUCAAGAACAAGGCUGAUAUGGACAAGCACAAGACAUAUCAUGCGAAGGACUAUCAGCUGACACAGGAUGGCUUCAAGAAAAUCCUCAAAACGGAGCAAUGUCCCUUCGACGGAUGCAAGUUCUCCACGGUCAGCAAUCACAUUCACUGCGUCCGCGAGCAUUGCAACUACAUUCUGCACUCCAGCAGCCAAAUGAUCAGUCAUAAGCGUAAACACGAUCGUCAGGACAGCGAGCAGGCGUAUCAGCAGUUCAAAUGCAAGCAGGAGGAUGCCGAAGAAAGCAACUCAAUGGAUGCCACAACGCCGCAGUCGCUGUCAAAGCCACAGCCAAUUAUCAGCCAGCCUGUGAUCAGCAAUAGUUCCACCUCCACGCCGCUGUCUUCUCUCUCCGCCGAACACUUUUUGGCCCGCAAGCGCGGUCGGCCACCAAAGAUGAUUCCACUGCCUGCAGAUGCACAGUCUGAAGCGAAGCGCGUCAAACUGGAGAACGUCGAUAACAAUCCUACAGCGCUGCUCACAACGAAUGUUAAUCCCUUGGGAUCUGCCAUGUUUCCCGGUCUGUUGCCCAACUUCCCUGCCGAUGCCACAGCACCCAACUUCCAGCUGACCCAUCUUAUGGCCAUGUUUCAGCUGCAAAACCCGCUCUUCUAUCAGAAUCUCUAUCCCGGUGCUGCGGCGGCGUCCAAUAUGCUGACCGUGCCACAGAACGCGAAUGUGCUCAACAAUCUGGCAGCGUACAGUGCGGCGGCUGCUGCGGCAGCGGCGGUCGUGCAACAGCCAAAGAUUGAGUUUAACAUUAAGCCCGAGAACAAGGAGUAAAUCGGAACGUCCGGCAGUUCAACAGUUGUACAUAGAUAUAGUACCUAAUUAGUGUUAAUAACAUAUAGAGCAGACUGACUGAUUUGGACGCUUUGCGAGACAGAGAGGCAGAUAAUGAUGUAGAUUUAAGGGGUUAUGGGUUCACUGUUGUUACAUGGCCAGGACGUUCCAGAUCCUUGCCAAAAUAAAAGCCAAUUCAGCCA